UGCAGAAAGCAUGUGGCGCUUUCUCUCAAACAAUUUAAUAAAAGUUUAUUUUGCGUUUAGUUUAAAUUUCAAUAAUUAGAACUAUAUUGGAAAUGAAGUAUGAAUAAAUACGAACUAGUGUUGUGUUAUUGAAGGAACUGUGACAAAUCGAGUAACUGUAUAGUUUGAAAAAGUAGAAUUCUUGGAAAGUUGGAUAUUAUUAUCUUGGGAUUCGGAUGCUAGGCUUCAGCAUGUGGGGUGUAGCGGCAGUGGCGAUGCUGUUGCUGGUGCCGCAAGUACUCUGCGCCGGCUACUGCGCCACGGACACCUUACGCACCAAUACCACCUGGAUGCAGUUCACCAAGGAACCCGUCUCCUUCGAGUACGGCUUCCAAGACAAGUUCAAGAGCAUCCACUGCUGCGUCAAAGGCUACAGAAGCAUCGAGUGGUUCAAGGACGGCGUGGCGUACCCGUGGUCUGCGGGCGUGUCGAAUCUGAUCCUGUACCCCGAGGCGGCCAACCAGACGCUGUACACGCGCCGCGCCGCCCGCGCCGACUCCGGCAACUACACCUGCCGCCUCAGCAACGAGACCCACAGCGAGACCCACACCGUGCGACUUGACAUACUAGAAAAGCCGACAGAUGCUCCGCGGACGAUGUACAUCUCCAAGGACCAGUGGGUGGAGGAAGGUAGCGAGGUGCGGCUUUACUGCGAGGCACUCGUCGGUCGGUCGUAUUUGGCGGACGCUCGCAGUGAUCUACGCUGGUGGAAAGUGUGGCCCAACGGUACAGAGGGCGACCUGCUGCCAACUCAGCAACAGCACAAAACUGUUCGUGACGACGUGGAGGACAUAAUUGGUGCGUACCUGUUGGUGGAGCGCGUGUCGGCGCAGGACUACGGCACCUACGUGUGCCUCGUGCAGGCUAACGACUUCGUCUCGCGCAGCUACGUCACACUGCACUAUAAACUGUGGUCAGGUGGGGAGGCGGCGUGGUGCCGUGGCGGGGGCGCAGUGCCGUGGCGCGCGCUGGCGCUGGGCGGCGCUGCGGGCGCGCUGCUGUUGCUGUCCGUCGCCGCGCUGCAUCGCCGCUGCACGCCGCGUCUGCUGCUCGCCGCAAGACAAGCGCGCGCCCGCGCCGCCACCGCCGCGCACAGGGCCAGAGUGCUGGAGAAGGAGUUCGACGUGCUGGUGUGCUGGACGGCGGUGGACGGCGAGCUGGUGCGCGGCGCGCUGUUGCCCACGCUCGCGCUCAAGUACAAGUACCGCGUGCACGCGCUGCCGCUCGCCACGCAGCCCGACAACUGGUACAACGAGAUCGUGGGCGAGGCGGCGCGCUGCCGGUCUCUGGUGGCGGUGCUAUCACCGGCGCAGUACUCGCCGCAGCAGCUGCUGACCGCGCUGCGACAGCUGCGCGCGCUACCGCUACCGCCCGUCGUCGUACUGCUGCAGGACCUGCCGAAGCUGAAGCGCGAGGCGAAGGAGGGCGGGGAGUGGCUGGUGGGGGCGCUGCGGCGCACGCGGCUGGUGGCGUGGCGUCACGUGCACGAGCGCGCGUUCUGGACCGCGCUGCGCCUCGCCCUGCCUCUGCCGCCGCCCGCCACAACACAACACUCGCAGCCCGCGACACAACAACACGCCGACAUCACGGAAAAAUCGAACACAGAGACAGAAGAGAGUAAGAACUCCCGCUCGGGAAGUCUGACAGCGCUGGUGUGAGUGCGCCAGGCGAUAUUACACCCAGUUAAUUGUGAAUGAACUAAACUGAACUAGUGCUAGACCAGUGGGACGUUCUACACUGAGCCAAGGCCCGAGUGCGCUGCGAGCAGCUCAACAUGUGAACUGAACUAUAUGACGUAAUCAAGUGGUGAAGUGCGUAGUGUGUGCGGGCGCAGUGCUCUACAGAACCUCCAGUACGAAGACUGUGAAUAGAUAUUAGUUUUGUAUUACAUUACAUGAACAUUGUAUCACAUCCGAUAGAAACGUUUAGAAUUUGUAGAACUUCGAAUUCUGUAUACAGUUUUCUUCGUUUUCAGCAUCAUUCUUCUUUCGGCGAUUCUUCAUUCACAUCUCUUUCUGGUGCCAAAGGAAAAUAAUGUCAUGACAAUUAAUCUCUAAGUUUAAAAAAGUAUUUUUCGGUUGUCUGUCCUAUUUAUUUUAUUUAUCUGUAUACUUUUCGAUAUAAAAAGCUGACUUGAGAUAAUUUAUUUCAUGCUGAUGGCGCAAAGUUUGUUGUAAGUUGACUUAAUUUUAGUUAAGAUUAUUUGAAAUGUCUGUCCAAUGACUAUAUUUUAUAUCGACCAGGGUGUUAAAAACCUCUAUUUAAGAUGUAAGUUUCUUCCUUUAUUUGUGAAAUGUGCGCUGACUGAGUGGAAAUGUAACUAGCGAUGGUUUCAGGACUGUGAUAUGAGAGAUGGUAAAAUGUAAGACGGCGUUUAAUAUAUAGUCAGUUACGUGAAAUUGAAGUGAUUUUUAAAUUUGAAAGUUUUUAAAGUGUAUCUGUAUUAAUUGUACUCUAACGUCCGAACCCAAUAAUCUAUCUCGAUGAAUUUUUUAUUUAUCUAUUUUCAAUCAAAUUACUUUAAACUUAACCGCUCUAUAGAUCACAAUAACGAUCCAAAAAUUCAAUUUAUCGUUUAAAGAACGAUUUUUUUUAUUCCUUCGAUCGAGGGUAAUAUUGAUCUGAACAUUAUUUUAUUUACUUUUAGGGUUCGGGUUAUUGAGUUCGGCCGUAACAUGUGUAAAGAAUUUCGAUAGGCUUUGUAAUAUGUAAAUGAAACUUAUUCUUCUACCUAUUUGAUACUGAAACAUAAUUAAUUAAGAUUGUUGUAAAUAAAACAUGUUUCCGCGGCGAAGUGCUCCGACUUCGUAUCUUACAUGAUAAAAGAAUGGGUUAAAUGUUUUUAAAAUAAUUUUUUAGUAUUAUUAUAUUAUACUCGUCACAUUCCGAAGAAAGUUUUCUAUAAAAAUGUUAGGAUGCUAAGUUGUAUUGUGGAUGGAUUCACAAGAAAAGAAAAUA